GAAAUGUUCCGAAAAAAACUAAAUUAUUUUUAUUCACAGAAUCCUAAUAGAUUGAUUAACAGCAACAAAUUGUUUGAAUAUUUAUAAAACAAUCACCAAUAACAAUCAAAUAUUGCCGACUCAGGAUCAGGGUACACUUUCAAUUAUUAUUAAAUAAUUGAAAUGGUUUAUAUUAAUAAUUAGCUCUGUAGUCAACUAGUGACCUUAAUAGUUAAAUCAGUUUUUUUUAUAGUUAACUAUCAUUUAAUUCAUAAUAAUAUUCAUAAUAGUUUACCUUCAAUGAUGAGAGUCAUUAAGGUAGUUUCUUUAAAUAUACUUUUAAGUGCGUUGGUUCUUGGAAAAACCCAAUUACCAACUUUUUUAAAAAUCUGCCACAAAUCGGAUACACAUUUCAAACAAUGUCUCAUAGACUCAAUAGAAGCCCUAAAACCACUAAUGUCCAAAGGAAUACCUGAAUUUGGAAUACCGAAGUGUGAGCCUUUAAGAAUUGCUGAGGUCCAAGUUGACCUAGGAAAUGGUCCAGUUUCAGUUAAAUCCAACUACAGAGACAUUAAAGUUUAUGGCCCAUCGGACUUUUCAAUCAAGAACAUCAAGGUGGACUUGGAUAAGGACAGGUUGAAAAUCAAACUGUACAUUCCGAGAUUGGAAGUAAACACCAAUUAUACCAUGAAUGGAAAAAUUUUAAUGAUGCCUGUAACUGGCACAGGUUUAAGUUUUGGCAACUAUACCAACAUCGACGCUACAAUGUCAAUGGCAGCCAAAAAAAUUAAAAGAGAUGGUGAAGUCUUUUAUAAUAUCCAAGAAUGCUAUAUCGAUUUCAAUAUUGGCCAUGCGAAACUGAGAUUCGAAAACAUGUUUAAUGGGAAUACCGAAUUAGGGGAUGCAAUCAAUUUAUUCCUAAAUGAUAAUUGGAAAACUGUUGCCAGUGAAAUCAAACCUGUGCUAGAAGAAAAGAUAGCGGAAAUAUUUAAAAAGUUUGCCAAUAAAAUAUUCCAUAAGUAUCCUAUCAGCAUGCUUUUUCCAGAAUAGAAAUGUUAGAAUAUUUUGCUCAAUAAACCUUU